AUGGCUAACAAUCCCACUGCAGGGUCCAAGGCGGACAUUCCCCAAGACCUGCUCAACGAGAUCAAGAGGCUUGAGGAUCUCUUCACCGUUGACACGCAAGUGCUCAAGAAGAUUACCAGCCAUUUCGUUUCGGAGUUGGCCAAGGGUCUCACUGUCGAGGGUGGCAGUAUUCCAAUGAACCCAACCUGGGUCAUGUCAUUCCCCGAUGGCUACGAAACCGGCACCUUCCUCGCCCUGGACAUGGGCGGCACCAACCUCCGCGUGUGCCAGAUCACCCUGACCGACCAGAAAUCCGAAUUUGAUAUUCUCCAGUCCAAGUAUCGUAUGCCUGACAAGCUCAAAACAGGCAAAUCGGAUGAGCUUUGGGAAUAUAUUGCCGAUUGUCUCCAGCAGUUUGUAGAGACUCAUCACGGUGAUUGUGCUGGCAUUGACACCCUUCCUCUUGGUUUCACCUUUUCGUACCCGGCAACACAAAACUACAUUGACGAGGGUAUUCUUCAGAGAUGGACCAAAGGCUUUGACAUUGCCGGGGUCGAGGGAGAAAAUGUUGUUCCAAUGCUCAACUCUGCCCUGGAGAAGAAGGGUGUGCCCAUCAGACUCACUGCUCUGAUUAACGAUACGACGGGAACAUUGAUUGCUUCCGCAUACACCGACCCAAAGAUGAAAAUUGGCUGCAUCUUUGGCACUGGCUGCAAUGCCGCCUAUAUGGAGGAUGUUGGCUCCAUCCCCAAACUUGCACAUAUGAAUCUACCACCAGACACUCCCAUGGCUAUCAACUGCGAGUGGGGUGCUUUCGACAACGAGCACAAGGUGCUGCCUAGAACCGAGUAUGACGAAAUAAUUGACCGUGACUCCCCUCGACCGGGCCAGCAGGCCUUUGAGAAGAUGAUUGCUGGUCUAUAUCUCGGCGAAAUUUUCCGACUUGUCCUGGUUGACUUGCACGACAAUCGCGACGUACAUGUCUUUGCCGGCCAGGACAUUUCCCUGCUGCGCAAGGCCUAUUCUCUGGAUUCGUCUUUUCUUUCUGCUAUUGAAGAGGAUCCCUUUGAGAACUUGCAGGAGACCUUUGACCUGUUCAACUCCAAGCUCGGCAUUACUUGCGCAAGAUCAGAACUGGAACUCAUCCGACGACUGGCAGAGCUUAUCGGCACUCGUGCUGCCCGACUUUCUGCCAGUGGUGUUGCUGCCAUCUGCAAGAAGAAGGGCUAUGAGACCUGCCAUGUAGGUGCUGAUGGGUCCGUCUUCAACAAGUACCGUUAUUUCAAGGAACGCGGUGCUCAGGCUCUCCGUGAGAUUCUCGACUGGCCUGAGAAGACGAAUGCAAAGGAAGAAGAUCCCAUUGAGAUUCUUGCUGCCGAGGACGGCAGCGGCGUAGGCGCCGCACUGAUUGCGGCCUUGACUCUGAAGAGAGUCAAGGCUGGUAAUGUUGCUGGUGUGCUGCACCCUGAACACUUCAAAUAA